AUGACGCACGUUUGGCACGUGGACAGAGAUCACGGCAUUGAGCAGAGGCACCAGCUGGAUUUAGCAGCGAGGCGCAUUGGCCAAUAUAUGCCUGGCGAUCUGGAGGCAACCUCGAUCAAAGGAACAAAGUAUGAUUUAUACGCGCGGCAUCCAAUCCCAUUGAAUAUUGAAGUUCCUUCUGGGCGAAGCACGCAAGAGCUCGCUGACCAAGCGGAGCACGCGGCACUGGGGGCCCAACGGAGGGAAGCCCCGAAUGACUUCCGCAGUUGGGUCAUCAAGCGCAAGCUCAUAGGAGCGCUUCACAAGAGCAUCAAGGAGGAGCCGUUCGCGGCGCGAGAGAUAAUCAGCAAGGGCCAGGCCAUCACGCACCCGAAACACAUCCUGGACGAGAAAGGCCGGCAGUUGAAGGAGCUCUGGAUCACAGCGCGAAGGAGUCGGGGUGAAAGUACGAGCGCGGACUCAAGGUGCGCCUCGAGCCUUCAGGCCCACACGUCGCCACAUGCCGUGGAUAGUCCGAACGAGACGCGGCGCGGUCAGAACGCGGACCACGGGCGCUCUUCGAACCUAGAUUCCUACGCGUCGCCACGCAUGCCACGCAGUCAGAUCGAGGACUCGGGGGAAGUGCGAGCGGCGGCGCACUGCACGAAGGCAACGAAGGGGCAUGGCGGACAGAUUGACGCCAUUAGUGACUGGCCGGUUCGGGAGACCAGCGACGCGUCCGAGAAUCCACAGAGCAUGGGGGAAGAAGAGGAAUUGUUUUGCGCGACGGGCUGCAGGACGGCGCGCUCGUGCGACCUGCAGGACGGGAAUCAGAAGCAUGCUUCGCCAAAUGAAGAACGCGGAGAAUUGCGGGUUCAGAUCGAGUUCCUGUUCAGCACGGGCUCGCGCAAGGUAGAGUCGGUGACCGCCCUCCUCAUCAGCUCCCGCAUCAAGGACAGCGACACUGCCGCACGGACGGUGGAGCGUUGGCCCAUCAGGGCCAACGUUGUUGCUGACAUAGGGGGCGCUGACCCGACGAAGAGAAGAAGGAGGAAGGGCUUCCGCAGCCAGAGGUGGCUCGACGACGCCCGGGUUGCGAACGACCCCCCGCCUGGGAAGAAACACAAGAGGGCAAACGCGGCCCACGCGCAGGAGGACGGCUCCAUCGACUGGGGUCGCGACGACAGCGACGAGCCCCUCAGCCACAAAGACGUCAACCGACUCUUCAAGAGGGAAGGUUUCGCGCGCGCGCUCGGUGUCUCCACCCAGCGGUUCACGGCGCUUGAAUGGCCGCUCGUCGACGAGGAUUGGUCGGCGGCCCGCUGGUUCGAGCUGACCCCGACGGGGGAGACGCAGCUCACCACUGUGGCCGCCCCGGGGCCGCCGCUGGCCGAUCGCCACUCCGACGGCGCUGGGAGGUCGCCCUCGAGGCAGCAGAUGGGCGCGGGCCACUUCGCCCAGCGCCGGAGCGACGCACACCCGCCCCCGCCUAAGUCGGCGGUCGGGGAGAAGCUGGUCGCACGAUUGUCCAAGGCUCACCUCCCGAAGGAGCGGUCGGCCGAGUCCAUCUUCACCGCGCCGCGCCGCGCGAGGUCGCCGCGCGGCUGCGCGACCCGGGCCUCGUCGCCAAGCCCGCUGCAGAGCGGCCUCUCCGACCCCCGGCGCGCUCCGGGCCCCGCCCCCCGCCCCAUCGUGAACCUCACCCCGAAGAACUCGCACAUGGAGCCCCACCUCGAGGAGGUGCCCGACGUCCCGAUUCCGCGCCAGCGGGCCUCGGUGGUCUUGCUCGGCGAGCAGGACCUCACGCACGUUGCCGCGAUUGCAUGCCCUAUGGGCUGGCCGCUCGCGGUCAAGGCCACGCAGGCGACAGGGCGCUUCCUAACCAAGGCGCCCCCGCCGCUGGGUUCCGGGCUUGCGGGCCGCGAACGUCGCGGCAGCAGCUCCCUUCCGCUGAACCCUGCUCGCUGGCUGCAAUCAUCGUUCCACGUGUACCUCGGCAAUUGGGACCAGUUCGCGAUCGGAUCACCCGCCAAGCUCAGGCGGCGCCGCGGGGCGCCGUCCGCGGAGCAGAUCCUCUCCGGCAGGCGCGGGGGCGGCACGGUCAGUCGCCCGCCGCUAGAGGCCACGCUUGACCACCUCGGCCAUGUCGCCACGUGGCCGCGCCCAGUGCUGUCGGCCCUCAGCGCUUGCUUCCCCGAGGUCGGGCGCGCGGACCUUUUCCCGCUCGGUGAGGAGGCCGUUGAUGAGCUGUUGACGGCGGCGUGCUUGUUGCCAAGCUGCGCGGUCAAUAUUCGGGCGGCCGUCGACCCCAGGCCCAUCGCCUUCGACGCGUCGGAGUUCGCCGGCGGCGCAUGCGAGGCAGUGAGCUCGACGCCCGCUGGCGCCGAGCAUGCCUUCAGGUCCAAUGCGGGGGUCGACGAGGGGUGGAGCGUCACACGUGAGCUGCGGGCGGACCUCGCUGGUCGCAUUUGCGGCGAGACUUACGCGGGGCUGCACUUCCUGGUCUUCGUCCAGACCCAGCCGAACAACCCCCUCUGGGCGCGCGAGGCGCUCCAGUUGCGGUCACUCCUGAGCGCGCGCACUGUUGCGCCGUCAGCGUUGGUCGAGGCGGGGCAUCUCCGCCGUCUUCUUGGCGAGGCCCUCAGCCUGGACACCGCCAGCAUCUUGCCAGGCGGCGUCCCCUUCCAGAUGCCGCUCAAGAAGGAGGCGAACUUCGCGCUGCUCGCCAAGCCGCCGGACUACACGCCGUCUCCGUGCACGCUGGACGCGUUGCCAGCAGGAUGGACGCCCGCCGCGAGCGGCGCCCGCGGCAAGGCCGCGGGCGACGGAGGGGGCCACGCGGCGGCGGACCAGGCGGCGCCGAAGCCAGCCGAGGGGCCCGCGGCGGAGCUGACGGUCACGCAGGUGGUGCCCGUGAGGCCAGCGGCCCGCGGCGAGUGGUCGACGACGCGGGUGGAGCCCAUGCGCCCCAGCGACACCACGCGGGGCGGCGAGGAGCGCGGCGAGGGCAGCGGGAGCAUGGUGGGCAGCAGCCCCAGCGAGGAGGGCAGCCGCCUCGGCACGGGCGACUCGAUCCAGGUCGUCAAGGAGUGCUCCCCGCAGAUGCCCGGGCAGGUCGACGACGACCUGCUGAACAAGGCCAAAGUCUACCAGGGCCCGGCGCCCCGGGAGGCAGACGGGGCGGCCGCGGUGGCCUGGCCGGCGACGCCCCCCGUGCUCGCGUCGCUUGGCCAGAGGUCAGCGUUGCCGCCCAUCCUGGGCCAGGUGGCCCCCGUGAGCGCGUCCCGCAGCUUCACCGACAAGGGCCGCAGGCACAAAGGCCUCAAGGGGCGAGGAGGGGUGCUUUCGCGAGCGAGGUUGGCCUCGCGAGGCACGGGAGGAACUCAUCGAUCCUUCAUUCAUUCCCUCCAGCACGUCAUAGUUUCGAGGUGAACCACGCCGGUUGGCUCGCAUUUGAUGCCGAAGAUGUGAUUUGGAAGUCGCUGGAGCCGCUGUUUCUUGCCAGCCCCAAUAACUGCCCGACGCUGGCUUUCUGAGUGAGCUUGCAGCCCGCUCGUCAUUUUGCAAGGCCACGGCCUCUGGUCUUGCGAUCAGGAGGCCUUGGCGAUCGCCCGAACGAGCACUCCAUUCCGUUCUCCCUUCCCCGCUUCUUCACAUUCCUUC